AAUUCGUGUCACGCAGAAAGACGGAGGGGCGUUCUCACCACACGUCACUGCGAGAACGGCAGUCGGCUGUGAACUUUUGUGGGUUUAGACGCUCACCUAUUCGAGUCGCAGUGGGCAACGUGUGCGGCCGAUAUUCCGUUAGUUUGUUCUCAGGCUUCGCGUCGGUGUUCGUACAGUAAAAAUGGAAAUUUUCAAAGCGGGUUUGAUUUUCUGUUUGGUUUUCGUUGUCGUGUCGGCCCAGCACGAUCACGCUGGCCACGAAGGACACAACCACGAGGAUCAUAUGGUUAACGUAGCUGUCUAUUACGAGUCUCUCUGCCCGGAUUCCAGGAAGUUCUUCACCCAGCAGCUGUAUCCCUCCUUGCAGGGGAAUCUCUCUCAUUACGUCAACUUGACUCUCGUUCCUUACGGCAAAGCCACGAUGGAAUUUAAAACAAACGAGCACGAGUUCACCUGUCAUCACGGACCGAGCGAAUGUCUUGGGAACAAGAUUCAGGCCUGCGCACUGCACCUUAUCGAGCAGGGCCGCAAAACGCAAGGCCUUGGGUUUAACAGGGUAACCGUGGGCUUCAUCAACUGUUUGAUGGACAAGGCGGAGCGCAAUGGCGAUCAGGCGACGUUCCCGACCAAAGAUUGCGCUGAACUGAAUCACGUAGCCGUAUUGGAUCUUAUCAAUAAUUGCGCCCACCAUACCGAUGCCUCAAAUUACUUGGCAAAUUAUGGAGCCUUGACCGACGCCAUCCAGAAACCAUUGAAAUAUGUGCCGACCAUAGUGUUUAACAACCAAUACAAACAAGAGGACAACACUUUGGCCCAAACCAAUUUCGUUAAAGCUCUUUGCCAGUACAUCAACGGUGAAAAGCCCAUGGAGUGUAGCGGCGCCAGUUCUGUUGCCGUUUCAUUGGGGUUUCUGAUCCUGUCGGGGAUGAUUCCAAGAUUAUUCCGUUAAGAGGUUAGUUAGUAUGUGCACAAAAAUAUUUAAAUUCCAAAUAGUUGUCUGUUUGAUUUAUAAAGGAACUUCGAGUUCGUGGUUGGAAACUCUAAAGCCAUAACCUAUAAACAUUUUCUUUGUUAGAAUUUUUGUUUGACUUUUUUAAUUAAUGUUCUCAGCGACUGAAUGAUUACAACUAGGUCGGCAUUUCCAUAGCCACAACUGAUGUUGUAUCAUCAUUAUUAUGACCGCAAGGUCAACACGUUCAUGAAGCUGGUGAAAACAUGGUUAUCGAGUUAUCAAGUCGAAAACUGUAACUUUUGAUUAAAAUGUAUAAUUUUGAUUAAAUUAGAUGUAUGACAUUCGCAACGUCUCUUUAAAGAAGAAUAUAAGCUAUACCAAUCAUCAAAUGAUGACGUCAUUCCCAUUCAGCCGUAGUUCAACCACAUCCGCGAACUUCUUUUAUAAAUUCGUUGUAACGUCCCUCUGUACGAGUCUGAUAUUUGAAAAAAUGAGUGUACUUACAAUUCGUCUCUUAUUGAAUCUCAGUAUUUUGAAAUAUUUUUGUUAUUGUUAUUUUUUUAUAAUCGUUGACCAAGUAAUAAGUACCUUCAACAUGCCUUAGAGGAAAAAAGCCUCCUCACCCAAAUGUUUUUUAAACGUUUAAAUGUGUAUAAAAUAGAUUUAGUCCAAAUAUAUAAUAAUAAUAUACAGUUUACUUAAUAAAUAGUUCCGACCA